CGAGGUACACGGUCACUCGUCAGGUGUACUUCGACGUAAUGAUCGGCGACAACCCGGCCGGUCGGAUAGUUCUGGGCCUCUUCGGCAACGACGCCCCGAAAACGGUGAACAAUUUCUUCACGAUAGCCACCACGGGCAUCGGGGGUAAGAGCUACGCCGGCUCCAAGUUCCACCGCGUGAUAAAAAAAUUCAUGAUUCAAGGUGGUGACAUCGUAAACGGCAACGGGACGGGCUCGACGAGCAUAUACGGCCAGUACUUUGACGACGAGAACUUCAAGAUCAACCACGUCGGGCCCGGCUUCCUCAGCAUGGCCAACGCCGGCAAGAACACCAACGGCUGUCAAUUCUUCAUCACGACUAUCGCUACUCCGUGGCUCGACGGGCAACACACCGUCUUCGGCAUGGUGGUGGACGGUCUGGACGUGGUAUUCAAGAUCGAGCGGUCAAAGACGGACGUGGACGACAUCCCGGUCCAGCCGAUCUACAUAAUCGAGAGCGGCGAGGUCCCAACUACGGCGCCCUUCACCGUGUCCGACGAUCCCUACGAGUACAAUUGAUCAUUAUCUCUCUCUCGACCCAAUUUUCCAUCCCUCCAACUUGCGUUAUGUCUCUCCCGUAUACCUUUUCUUGCUUGUGUUGUUUGAUCGCCUCGUCGUGCGCACCCACCGGCUGAGUCAUUGUUGUGUAGCCGCAUUGAGUCGAUCGUCCCAUUUUUUGUUCAUAUACCAUAUAGAGGUCAUUGUUUUAAAAAAAAGAAAAUCUCAUCAAAAAUGUCCUCGCUUCGAUCGAGUAAGCUAUUUCCUGCGUUGCUGUAUAGUUCUCGUUUUAAUUUUUUUUUUUUUUUUUUUUUUUUUGUUCCAUCAUUAAUUUUAAUUAAUUUCUUUUUAGUAUUUACGAUGGAAAGACUGAUGCUGUUUUCUGACAACUUAAUCUAUGCGUACAUGUGUAUUUUUGUAAACUGUAGUUCAGCUAAGAUUGUAUAGUUACAUACGUAGCUAUACGGUUGUAUGUAUACUUGCUUCGUUCCUGUGGUGUAUUGAGUAGUGCGAGUCAUACGAUUCAAAACCUUGUAUUGCAAUGGAGUUUUGAAAAUAUCAGCUGUUGUAACUAAGGAAAAAAAAAAACUCAUGUGUU